CCACUCUUGAAAAGAGACGCUGGACUUUGCCUGGAGUUCUGCUGUUUCCAGUUGCAUGCAGGUUGAGUGCAUCCAUUUGAGCGUCUAAACAGGGUGCCAGCUUUGUGGGAGCCAUUCUCUUUCCACUGGAUCAUCAGACCUGGUCUUGUACAGGGUGCUAAGCCUGAGGAUAACCUAACACCAACUCCGCUCUGAUAUUUUCCUACUGAGAAGUGAAACUGCUUUAUCAACCCUUCCUAAUCCCACCGCUGCCAACUACUACCAGAAAUCAUCUACUCUCUGUUUCUCCAAGGCCUUGUACAUGUUAAGCAGCCUGUACUGAGUGGACACAGCAUGGCCUCAGGAAGAAGAGUUGACUGCACCAAUCCCAUAAUGGAAAAAGCUGUUGAUGAUGUGUCAAAGAAACACCAGGUCACAGGACCAUGUUUGACAGUGAGCAUUUCCAAUGCUAAGAAGUGCACGGUGAUUGGAGGCUCUGGGUUUCUGGGGCAGCACAUGGUGGAGCAGUUGCUGGAGCGAGGCUAUGCUGUCAAUGUUUUUGAUAUCCGCCAAGGAUUUGAUAACCCGAAGGUGCAGUUCUUUAUAGGCGAUCUCUGCAGUCAACAGGACCUGUACCCGGCUCUGAAAGGUGUGAGCACAGUUUUCCACUGUGCAUCACCCCCACCGUCCAGUAACAACAAGGAACUCUUUUAUAGAGUGAAUGUGAUUGGCACCAAGAAUGUCAUUGAAACCUGCAAAGAGGCUGGGGUUCAGAAACUCAUUUUAACCAGCAGUGCCAGUGUCGUCUUUGAGGGUGUUGACAUAAAAAAUGGAACUGAAGACCUCCCUUAUGCUGUGAAGCCCAUUGACUACUACACAGAGACCAAGAUCUUACAGGAGAAAGCAGUACUGGAUGCCAACAACCCCAAGAAGAAGUUUUUAACCAUAGCCAUCCGUCCUCAUGGCAUUUUUGGCCCAAGGGACCCUCAGUUGGUCCCCAUCCUAAUUGAUGCCGCUAGAAAGGGCAAAAUGAAGUUCAUGAUUGGAAAUGGGGAGAACCUGGUGGACUUCACUUUUGUGGAGAAUGUGGUUCACGGACAUAUCCUGUCUGCUGAGCACCUCGGUGAAGAUGCAGGUCUAGGUGGGAAGGCAUUUCACAUUACCAAUGAUGAGCCAAUUCCUUUCUGGACGUUCCUGUCCCGCAUUCUGACAGGCCUCAAUUAUGAGCCCCCCAAGUACCACAUCCCCUACUGGGUGGCCUACUACCUUGCUUUCCUGCUGUCUCUGCUGGUGAUGGUGGUCAGUCCUCUCGUCCAAAUCCAGCCAACUUUUACACCAAUGCGCGUGGCACUGGCUGGCACAUUUCAUUACUACAGUUGUGAGAAAGCCAAAAAACACAUUGGGUACCAGCCACUGGUCACCAUGGAUGACGCCGUGGAAAGGACUGUGCAAAGUUUUCACUACCUGCGGAAGGACAAGUGAGGUUCCCCAGUGACCUCACUAAUAACUUUCCCUUCUUUGUUCUGAUGAGCCAAUAUCCUUAAGGGAGUUUCUUCUGAGCUGUGAGUCCCUUGCUGGUUAGAUGGUAGCGUACCUGAGUCCCCCACAUGACACUGCAGUGACGAAAGGAGACAUGUCUUCCAAAAAAGCAUUGGACUUCUCAAAGCAAGCAGACACCUGUCCUACUGCUUUGGUCUUUCUCUCUCCUCCCCCUACUAAUCUCUCCUGGGAUCAUUAAGACAACACUAAGUAGACCAACACCAAAGUGAAAGCCACAAGACUUCAUUCAAGGUCUUAAGAAUUGAAGUAAAACCAGAGAUUGUAAUCACAGAAUAAGACUUCAGACAUAUAUUUCGUAGGUUCACAAUAAAAUAGAAAUAUUGAUGACUGUAAUCGCUAAUCCCCAAUCCCUAAGGAUAAAUCUAUAAAUGGUUCCUUGUUCCCUUGCCUGCUGUCAGGGUCUCUUUCAAAGGUGGUUGCACUGUCUGCCUGCAUUGUUUUUCCAUGAAACAUUUCCUUUUAUCCACUGUAUCUGGUGGAGGUCUUUAUUGGUCAGUGGUGAUGCAGUGUGUGCUAAUAUGGUACAGUGUGUGCUGUGUCAGCUGGUCAGCUCCUAAUUAACAUGGGAUGCUUGGCUGGUUGGAAAUAAGCCGAGGACGGUGGCCUCCUUUACCUCCAUGAUGUUUGAGAGAAAGUCUUCCAUGAGUCGAUGCAGAAUGCAGACAUCCUUGCAGCUCACUUCACAAAACAUAUCUGGCCACCUUCCAAAGAGUACAGCCGAUCCAAACAUCCAGCUUUUUCUGUUCUCUGAACUCACUGAAAUGUAUUUCUGAAGAAUUCUAAGAUCUUCUUUUUCUUCUUUUUUUUUUUUUUAAAUCACUGUGUAAUGCCAUGAAGGCAAUUCGAGAAAAAUACAAAUAAAGAUCUAAAAGCCA